CUUCACGCUAAAAGCUACGGCUCCAUACACGUGAGGUUAGUGCUCAUGAGGUUGACAACGUUUGCACUCUCAAUUAUUUUAUUUGGAAUACAGUUCUGCAUUUGAAGUAAGAGAGAUUGAACUCAGUCGAAGCCUUGUCUUUUGAAAGAUGUCGUUUUUCAUCAGAGGUAAACACAGUGUUGACCCAAAGAAAUCAAGCAAGCCGCUCAAACGGAAACGACUCGUGAAAAAAUCCAAGAAAGAAGCUGAUCUAGAAGACCAGAUUGCGACCAAAAAGUCAAAAGAUGAUGACGAUGAAGAGAUUUCCAGUGAAACUGAUGAAGAUCUUCCUGUCCAAAAUGGAGCUGCUAAGGAGGCAGAACCAGAUGAAGAAGAUCGUGAAACUGCACAAGAAAAGAGGUUAAGACUUGCCAAUGAGAUAAUAGAAGAACUUAAUCGGAAAGAGCAAGAAAAGGCUGGCUCUAAAGACAUCGAUAGAGAGGCCAUUGGAAAAAGAAUAAAAGAUGAUUUAUUGGAGCAGGCAGGAAAAUUACGAAAGAACAUUGCAGACCAAUAUGUCGGAUACAAUGAAGAGGGCAUUAAGAAACUCAGGUGCAAGGAACACAACUCUGCCAUUACAGCGUUGUCGCUGUCUCAAGAUGGAAAAUUCCUUUACUCUGCUUCCAAAGAUUGCAGCAUUGUCAAAUGGAGCCUAACGGAUUUCACCAAGGUGAAGAGCAUACCUGGUGGUCGAAAAGGAACAGAGAACAGGCACAAAGGUCACACUACCACUGUUAACUGCAUUGCUGUGUCCUCUGACAAUAAAUUUUUGGCUAGUGGUGAUGAUAGAGGGCAAAUCCUCAUCUGGGAUGCGGAAAUUUUUGACCUUCUGAAAACCUUCAAACAUCAGAGUGCGGUCACAGGCGUAGUGUUUCGGAAGGGCACUCACCAGCUCUAUAGCAGCUCAAAGGAUCGGUCCGUCAAAAUUUGGAGUCUUGAUGAGAUGACCUACAUUGAGAGCCUAUUCGGCCACCAAGCAACUGUAACUUCAAUCGACGCUCUGUCUCGGGAAAGGGCUAUCACGUCUGGUGGCAGAGACAAUUCUCUUCGCAUCUGGAAGAUUGUUGAGGAGUCCCAACUGAUCUACAAUGGCCACAAGGGAAGCAUAGAUGGCGUUAAACUGAUCAACGAAGAGUACUUCCUUUCUUGCGGUGAUGACGGGACUCUGUGCCUAUGGGGCUCCAUGAAAAAGAAGCCUAUUGCUGUGAUUGAAAAUGCCCAUGGGUUCAACAGCGAAAACGACCAGCCCCACUGGGUGAGCAGCAUCGCCGCUUGCCUCAACACAGACCUCGUUGCUUCAGGUUCCAUGGAUGGUAACUUAAAGCUUUGGAAGUGCGGCGAAGGCUUCAAGAACCUCACUCCACUGAUGUCAAUUCCAGUCGUAGGGUUUAUUAACGCCAUUGCUUUCACGCCUGACGGUUCACACGUUAUUGUGGGCUUGGGUCAAGAACACAGGUUAGGCAGAUGGUGGCGCAUGAAGGAGGCGAGAAACUGCAUUUUUGUAAUUCCCCUUGUAAAGAACUCGACAGUUAUUAAAGAUUAAUUAUUGACAUAAAGUGAAAAUAAA